AUGGCGCUACGAUAUUGGGUCAUAGGUCUUGUUGGCGCCAGCCUAGUUCAAGCCUCGAACACGACCACCUGCGCCAGCGGUGCGUUGGACUGGUAUAUCGACGCUGUGGGAGAGACACCAUGCAUGACGUAUCAACGACUGCGCCAGAUCUGCAAUAGCUACUCUACCUGCUGCUGUAAUUCAAUCGCGUGGUCGCUCAGCAUGUUGUGCAUGAACUGCCAGCAAAACAUUAAAGGCAAUGACAGCGGAGAUGUCGAUGCACCUGCUGGUGCCUACUUCCAGUACCGAAACAUCUCGAAAUUUGGCUACUGUGGUGCAGGCACGAACCAGUCGUCCGUAUCCCUUUAUCCUUUUACUUUCGCUGGGCUCCCCGCGCAAGUUCAAUCGGCUGUCUGUAAUACCGGUAUCCGACUAGACAACUUCCUGUACGACUUUUUCUGGGAUAAUGGUGCUUGCACAUAUACGAGGGAGCAAUCUGAGCUGGACCAGGCCCAGUCCGACAAUAACACAUUCACGCAUUGCCCGAAUGCCACCACUACAUCCGCCAGUAGCCAGACGGCCGCUACGGGCACAGGAACAGGCUCAAGCCAGACACGGACAACUGCAGCCCCUUCGGGGUCUGUUGCCGGGACGACGAGUUCAAGCAAAAGCGUCGACACAGGUGCUAUAGUCGGCGGUGCGGUCGGUGGCGCAGCGGGACUCAUAGUGUUGGCGCUCGUUGCGUUCUUUGCGUGGUACAGGCGCCUCAGGACGCCAGGCCAAGCGGGAAUGCCUUCCCCAGUAACACAAGGAAUGGUCUACAGCGGCGGGAGUGGACCCGAGACCGUCUCUGCGGCGCUUCUCAUCGCCAACGCGGCCCCUCCAGACAACGCAGCUUCCCCCAGCCUGACUCCAAAGCGCAGGCCGGUUGCGACGAUGCCGAAUCCAAGUAGCUAUUCGCCAAGCUCAGAUUACGUGGCGGUGCCGAAUACCAGCAACGUCGCAGGGUCGUCUAACUCGAGUGACGUUCCCAACUCGCACAUUGCCUCACCGUCCGACCUCGUCUCGGCUUCGCAGCGAGACUAUGACGCAGGCCCGAUCGCAGUCGCCAAGCCCAGCUCACCGCGGCCGCCCCCGGCAUACCGGAGCUCAUGGGGAUCGGACUGA